AUGGAGCUGAGUGUAGCUAAACUAUACAACGAUUCAUUGUUUCUCUCUCUCAUUCUCCUUUUCCCCAUUAUAAUUUGGCUCAAAUUACAAGCAAAUGGCAAAAAAAACCUUAUUUCACUUCCAUCACCACCAAAGCUCCCACUAAUCGGCAACAUCCAUCAACUCGGCAAGCUUCCCCACCGUUCCCUCCGAGACCUCUCGACGAAACAUGGCUCACUCUUGCUACUUCAGUUGGGGCAUAAUCCGACGCUGGUGGUUUCAUCGGCCGACAUGGUUAAAGAAAUCGUCAAAAACCAUGACGUUGCUUUCUCAGGCAGACCAAGAACCACCGCGGCAAAUAUCUUGCUUUACGGUUGCACCGAUGUUGGUUUCGCACCGUACGGUGAGUAUUGGAGACAAGCUAGGAAGAUCUGUGUCACUGAGCUUUUGAGUCUUCAGAGAGUUAAGUCGUUUCAGUUCAUAAGGGAUGAAGAAGUUGAAGUCACCAUUGAUAAAAUCCGUCGAGCUUCUUUAAACGGAGAGGCCGUUAAUCUGUCGGAGUUGCUGAUGUCUGUUUCAAACAACGUCGUUUCGAGAAGCGCUCUCAGUCGGAAAUACGAAGACGAAGAUGGUAAAAGCAAGUUCGGGUUGUUGGCGAGAAGGCUUUUGAUUCUCAUAAUGAGUUUUUGCUUUGGCGACAUGUUUCCUUACUUGAACUGGAUUGAUGUUCUUCGAGGAUUCAAAUCAAGUCUGAAACAAGUUCAUAAAGAAAUGGAUACAUAUUUCGAUCAGAUCAUCGAAGAACAUAGGGAGAAUAAAUAUGGCGAAAAGGACAUUUUAUCUAUCAUCCUCAAACUCCAAGAAGAUAGCUUGCUUGAUAUGGAACUCACUCCAGACAACAUCAAAGCAAUCAUACUGGACAUGCUGGUUGGUGGAACUGAUACAACUUCAACAACGCUAGAAUGGGUAAUGGCCGAGCUAAUGAAAAACCCAGACGCCAUGAAAAAGCUUCAAAAAGAGAUAAGAGAUGUGGUCGGAAACAAAUCAAAGAUAGAUAUGAACGAUGUGAAUCGAAUGGAUUACUUAAAAUGUGUGAUCAAAGAAGCUUUAAGGCUUCAUCCAGCUGCUCCACUUCUUGUUCCUCGACAGACAACAUCAAAGGUUAACCUCGGAGAUUACGAGAUUCCUGCGAAUAUUACAGUGUUCUUCAAUGUGUGGGCGAUUCACAGAGACCCCGAAUUGUGGGAAAAACCAGAAGAGUUCAUCCCGGAAAGAUUCGAGAACAGCAGGGAUGAUUUCGGAGGUCGAGAGUUAGAGUUCUUGCCAUUUGGUUUUGGCCGAAGGGGAUGUCCGGGAAUUGCGUUUGCAGAGGCGUUCAUUCUUUACCUGGUUGCUAAUCUUCUGUAUUGGUUCGAUUGGAAAUUGGCUGAUGGUGAAAAUGCAGAGAAUUUGGACAUGGACGAAGUCUAUGGACUCACUGUCUGCAAGAAUGUGCCGCUUCGUAUUCUGCCCAUAUUUACAAAAUCCGACAACAGGUUGAGUUAA